AUGGAUCGAUAUCGGCGUCCACGGUCAUCACUUUAUAGCUUUGGCUUGCCUGAUCCUAAGAAUGUUAAGUGGGAAAGAACCAAGAGCCAGGCCUCAGGCUACCCAACACCUUGUUGGCGGGAUCCGACUAGAUUUCGCAAAAUUUCCAUAAUGCUAUCCUCAUCCUCAUCCUCUUCUUCAGGGUCGCGAUGGUCACAAAGGCAGUUACCUGAACUUGGUUGUUCUCUUUCACCACAAUUGCUUCCAGCAGUUCAAGACAUUUCAAAAGAAAACCAUUCCAUGUAUGGUUCUGUUACAAAAAUAAAAUCAGCGCGGUCUACUAUUGCAGAAACCUCUGGUGAACUUGGCAACAAGAUUCUCAACAAACCUCUAUUAUCCCUGCCAACUGAAGAAACCCCUAUCGCAUCACGCGGCAUGAUUUUCAAGUCACCUUCGCUAUCUAGGGAUGUGUUCACCUUCGCGGCCCGAAAACCGCCAAGUUUGGGUAUCAAAUUCCCUCAAUCUGCGGGAGCUGCGUCGCAAAGGCCGUCAUCUCAUGAUAUUCACCACUGUGCUUCUAGGAAAAGUAGUAGCUUUUCUUAUGGGGGACCUCCCAAUGUGUGCUUCAAUGUCACUGAUAAGGAGUUAGUUGCCAUUGAUAUUCUGAAUAAUCGAUUCACCAUUGACGAAAAAGAAACUCGUAAAGAGAAAUGUGCCAGAGAGGGAAACAUUGUUGCUAUGAAAAAAAGGGAUGAGGAGGAGCAUAAACAAAUUGAAGAUGAGGAUGCCAAAAUUCAAAAGAUGGGGAUUAGGAGUCAUCCCAAUCUUCAUCAGGGUUUGAACCUUGACAAAAAAACAUAUGAAAGUAGAAUUCCGAAGGUCCAUGUACAGUUAACUCCUGAUGAGAUUGCAGAGGAUCUCCUUGCUUUGCGAAUUGGAGCAACACCUCAAAGGAAGUCAACAUUAAUAAGGCCAGCAAGGGUGCAGGGAAACAUUGAUCAAGUCAAUCAAGGAACAUGGUUGGAGCACAUUGAAACGGACCAUUACAAAGUCCCUGUAGAAACUGUCUCAAAGGUCUAA